AUGCGCCCACGGUUCCCGCCACCGCUGCUGGCGGGUUUGCCUGACAAAAUUUCUCGCUGGCUGGCCUUCUUUUCCCUCCCGCACUUUGGUGGGGAGGGGGGAGACCCUCGUGUCGGUGUCCCGGUCCACGAUGACCCGAGAGAACCCGAGGACGUUGUCAAUCCGGCCGUUUGCCCCAUCGCCUCAGCCUGCUGGCCUCCGAGGGGAAGGAGCACCGAGGCGGUGACUGCGACGCAAUCAACAAAUCACACACAAACAGAUUCAUUAUCUCCAUCCCCUAAUCCUGUGUCACCUGUGCCUUUGAAUAACCCAGCAAGUGGCCCAAGAUACGGAACUGUGAUCCCUAACCGCAUCUUUGUAGGAGGAAUUGACUUUAAGACAAACGAAAAUGAUUUAAGAAAAUUUUUCUCCCAAUAUGGGUCUGUAAAAGAAGUGAAGAUUGUUAAUGACAGAGCUGGAGUGUCCAAAGGAUAUGGUUUCAUCACUUUUGAAACUCAAGAAGAUGCACAAAAAAUCUUACAAGAGGCUGAAAAACUUAAUUAUAAGGAUAAGAAACUCAACAUUGGUCCAGCAAUAAGAAAACAACAAGUAGGGAUUCCUCGUUCUAGUCUCAUGCCAGCGGCUGGAACAAUGUAUCUGACCACUUCAACUGGGUACCCUUACACUUACCAUAAUGGCGUUGCUUAUUUUCAUACUCCAGAAGUAACUUCUGUCCCACCAUCUUGGCCU